CUGUGUGCAGGGCACUAGGCUGGCUGCCCUGGGGGAGCCCACAGAGGUGGAAGGUACAUCUACCAGCGUGAGCGGUGCUCUCAGUCCCCAGACUGGCCUCAUCUUUAGCCAAGGGCUUCCUGUUCACCAGUAAUUGCUUGGCGGGGCAGGAGGCCUCAGUUCCAAGUCAGCAAAUGGGACAGUGAGUCAUCAUGCAUAUGCCCAGGAACGCCACCCCCAGAGGGACCCAGCCCAUCAACCUGAACCAUUAUGCCACCAAGAAGAGUGUGGCCGAGAGCAUGCUGGACAUAGCUCUGUUCAUGUCCAACGCCAUGCGGCUGAAGGCAGUGCUGGAGCAGGGGCCAUCCUCUGACUACUACGCCACCCUCAUCACCCUCAUCAGCAUUUCUCUGCUCCUGCAGGUGGUCAUAGGCGUUCUCCUGGUGGUCAUUGCACGGUUGAACCUGAACGAGGUAGAAAAGCAGUGGCGACUAAACCAGCUCAACAACGCUGUCACCACCUUGGUCUUCUUCACGGUGGUCAUCAAUGUUUUCAUUACGGCCUUUGGGGCACAUAAGACAGGGUUCUUGGCCACCAGGGCUGCAAGGAAUACAUCCUGAACCCAGCCUUGGACCCAGGUGCUGAGUCUAGAACUUCUGUUCCUUCUUCCCUGAACUGCCAGGCUCAUGGGUAUUUUCCACACAGCCCCUGGAGAGCUUCUGAGAGAGCAAUGUAAAUUUCUUUGCUUGCUACCUACUGACCCUGAGUUGUGAUUUUGUUUACUAGUCCAAGUGAAUUUCAUCUUGGGCCAGAGUCCUGAGCUCAGACUUAGUUACUAUCAACCUUUCCUCCCUGUUACAUCUCCGAAACCUAAGACAUGUCUGCCUAGGACCAAAUGUGCCCAUUUUAAGGACUCUGGUUCUGACCCCACUCCACUCCUUCCCUCUGCUCCAGGCCUCAGUUUUUCCUUUCUGUAAAAUGAACUGAUUUCUGCAUAUAAAGGUUUCUGCAAAUCUACUCUGAGUCAAUCUUUUUGCCUUCAGUCCCAAAAUCUCAAGUAUCUCAGCUGAUCUCUGGAUACCCUUCUUGUCUGUGCCUUGGAAAGGGCUCUAAGGAGCAAACCCCAGGCCUGGAAGAUGAGAAGGAUUCCCCUACAGAUGCUAGGUCUGGAACUGCUUCUGGUCCUUCUCUCCUGUGGGUCCAGCUGAGUGAACUUUCUGGGCUGCAGAAGCCUUGGGCUCAUUACCAUCUGAUACAUUAAGUAUAGGUUACACAAUGUGUAACCUUCUAUCAACACACUCUAGUUCUC